CUAGCGUCCUUUUCGGACCAGUGCAACCACAAAGCGAAACGUCAACAGAGAACGGUCUGAAAGAAUUUGGCUCCUGCUCUUACUGUUAACUAUAUAUUCACCCCUUUUCAUGUCAUCGUUUUCAUGGAAGAAUUACUUUUAUCAUGGUCUACCAGCGCAUAGUGAUGUAACGUUAACCUUUGCGAGCUAGCUAUACUCAUUGUUCUGGCCAUCCCUGACACUGACAUCUAUUUUAACAUGGACGAAGACUUUAUGGUUGCUCUGCAGCUGCAGGAACAGUUCGACAACGAAUAUGAAUCCUCCUUAUUAUCACCAACGAACUUUGAAGAGAAUAGCGUUGAGCAAAGUAGUAAAAAAAGAAAAAUAGAAUCGGGGGGUAAUGGUAUUCCCUGGACAAACCGAGUGGAAAGGCCGAUGUCCAUCGUGGAUGAGUCCUGGGAGAUCUUGGACCCCAGCCCUGAUGUUCGAGCUAUGUUUUUGGAGUUCAAUGCCAUGUUCUUCGAGGGCAAACUCAGUGGAGUCGAGGUCAAAUGGAGCCCAAGAAUGACACUUUGUGCAGGUGUGUGUUCUUACGAGGGCCGCGGUGGACUGUGUUCAAUUAGACUCAGUGAGCCGCUAUUGAAGCUCAGACCCAGGCGGGACCUGGUGCAGACUCUCCUCCAUGAGAUGAUCCAUGCGCUGCUGUUUGUGACCCAGAACAACAGAGACAGAGAUGGACAUGGGCCUGAGUUCUGCAAGCACAUGGAAAGGAUCAACACAGCCACUGGGACCAAAAUAACUGUCUACCACAGCUUCACCGACGAGGUCGACCUGUAUCGGCAACACUGGUGGAAAUGCGAUGGCCCCUGCCAGCAUCGAAAGCCUUACUUUGGAUUCGUGAAGAGGGCCAUGAACCGGGCCCCGUCUGCCAAUGACCCCUGGUGGGGAGAUCACCAGAGGACCUGUGGUGGGACUUACAACAAGGUGAAGGAGCCCGAAGGCUACGGGAAGAAGAAAGGCAAGGCAGAGUCUGGAAAGGCACAGUCUGGCAAGGAUAAGAUGGCAGAGGGGAAAAAGCCAGUGGGGAACGCAAAACGAUCUAGCACAACCACAGCCAGUUCCGGGUCGCAGGACAUCAGAGACAUGAUCCCAUUUAGUGGGAAGGGCGUGCUUCUCGGGGGGUCACAGCCCUCCUCUUCUCCAAAAUCACCAGAGCCUGUUUGGAAAAGACCUUUCCCUAGCCCUGUUUCCUCUCCCAAACGACCCCCAUUCUCACCUCCACCCCGAAACAAACUUGGCUCUCCCACGGAUGCCUUUCUGGAUUCUCUGGGCAAGAACAGUUCUGGCACCUUGCCCCUAAAUAAGCCGCCCACAAAGCGCUCUGUGGGCAACACCAAGUACUUUGUCAGCAUCAAUGGCUCGCCGGUUAGAGUACCCAAACCUAACCGUGGCAACGUUGGACCAGGGUCCGCCAAGCAACACACCCCCGGGGGACACAUUCUAAAUGCCAAGCAGAAGUCUGUGAAAGAGCUUUUUGAUAGUUUCAGCAUAACUGAGAGCACGAAGCCCUUAACAGACAGCAAUGGAAAAACUCCCUCAUCAACCAGACAACAGGUCAAUCCUCCAUCUACCCUCUCAAAGUAUCCAUCCGGUGCUCCCACAAUGUCAAAACCGAGCCCUACCAAACCGAGCCAGUCCAAGUAUUUUGGCAGUCAGGGUGCGGCUGGAGCUGCCUCCGUUUCUGCAGUCCCCUCCAGGAAGAGGUCGUGGGACGAGCGCGGUGGCACUCCUAAUCUCUUAGACUUCUUCAGCAAAAAGGCUGGAGGCUCGGGGUUACCCCAAGGCCAGGAGAGGGUAACGGGAAGCGGGGCCUCCGCUGUGUCCGGUUCCUCUGGAGAGCACCAAAAAACUGCCACUGCCACAGUAACCAGCAGCACCGCCCCCAAUUCCUCGUCACACUUCCCGUCGUCUUCUGCUGCGUCGUCCUCGUCCACUGCACUGCCUAACACCAGCUGUUCCUCCUCUGUCCCUCUACCGCUGAUGGUCAGCUGCCCUGUGUGCCAAGUAAAGGUACAGGAGUCCAAGAUCAAUGAGCAUCUCGACUCCUGUCUUUGUUAAGGAGGGCGGUGAAUGUGGACAGAUUCGACGCUUGCAGAUUCUUUGUUCUUGACCAGAACAAAGAAGUUUGCAGAUUCUUUGUUCUUGACCAACUGUUUCAUUCAGGGAGUUGCCGUAGAACCAUUUUGGUUCUACUGCAGGUAAGCUCUUAAUGAAGUAGAGAGGUACUUCAUAAGAGUGCUAGUAAUAAUAAGGCGAAGGCACACCAUUUUUGCGUUUGGGAUUGUUUUAGUUAAUUUUAUUAAAAUGGAGAGAUUGCCUAUGUUAACUACAACUUGAGUGCUGUUCUGGAAGACUGUGUCUUUAGCCUUACAACCAAAUAAUCUUCAGUUCAUUGAUGCCUCCUAUAAUAAUAUUAUGGCAAAGAGAUAGCACCAGAUUAAAAAUCAAUGUCUUCCAAAGUUCAUGCCUCGAUUGGAACUAAAUAACGGAAAAUAUAUUAUAUAUAAUUCAGCCUCUGCUGUAGCGCAAACUAUAUCUACCUCUCUUAACGGUUAAAAGGAGUGUUGGGACUGCCAUUCUCAUAGUUUGCUGAUCUGUAAAAGGCAAAGGGGAUGUUUCAUUGCUCAUUUUGGUGCUAUCACAUUGCAACCGGGCCAGCUAUGGUAUCCGCUUCCUUUGCCCAUAAGAAUUCCCAGUGCAUUCUGCUUUGGCAAGCAUUCGCAAGGGCGUGUGCAUCUGACCUCGAUGGGCAAUGAAUGAGGAUGUGCCAGUUGAAUUUAAUCAUUCCCAUUUAAAGUAUUUAAAAUGUUACUAUGUGGUUAAAAGGUUUUAUAGUGGAAAUUCUCCUCACUCUUUUUUGUGGAGGGCAAAUUAUUGCAUUGCUACAGAGGAUUUGAAUGCUACUUAUUAUGUUGUUUUGUAAUACAUAUUUUUAGAUGUAUUGAAUUCCUAAGCAAAUAAAAGUUUGUUUUAAACUUUU